AUGGGAGAAGCGUCCACCCCAGGAAGGCCCACUGGCGGCCAAGCCCGCCAAUGCGACACAGCUGCGAGGCCUGAAGGUUCGGAGCAUGACGGCUUGCAGGAUCCGGAACAUCUCAAGAACUUCUUGAUCGAGGCCAACAUCCGACUGGUGCGGUGGGAAUACCUUGUCAAGCUGGGAGAGGAUUGUCGGGUCUGGCCGCGGCGCCAGGAGGCGGAGCUGGAGGAGUUCGAGGCGGAGGGGGAGAAGCGCUCUGCGCUGGUGACGCUGGAGGAGGUCCGGGGUCGGAAGCUAGGCGCGGACGUCCUCGGAUGCCCGCCUGCGGGUGCAGUGAUCGUCUCCGCUUCGGACAUUGCGGUCUGGGCCUUCAUCGACUUUAUGUGCCUGGCCCAGUACAGGCGCAGCAAGGAGGAACAAGACUUCUUUCAGAGAGCCAUGCUGUCGAUGCAUCUGCUAUAUGCGCAUCACUUCAUUCUGGGGGUGUAUCGCUUGGAGGAGCUGAGAGCGAGAAGUCACAAUCGGGCAACCGGCAAGCUGGAGGCACGGCCCUCCAGUGAGCUGGUCCUGAACAGCACGCCCUACUUCCAGCGGGGGUGGUGCGUUGCCGAAGUGCAGCGGAUGUGCGCGAAAGACAUGCUUUACGGCUUUUCACCGAUGAGCCCUGCAGUUUUUCAGGAUCGGGUGGCCCGAGGCGAACAAGGACUUGCAGAUGGGCUGGCCUUGAAAUUCACGCACCGCUCCGACAUGAAGGCUGUGGUUGACUUGCAGGAGAAGGUUGCCAGGCGACGCACUAAACUUCUUGGCGUCGGACUGCCCCACCGAGAGCUUGUGAUUCUGGCCGAUGCUCUUCCGCACUUCGAGAAUCUGCAAGACCUCCAGAUACUUGGCCCGUCGGAAGGUUUGGGAGGUGGCGUCAUAGAGCUGGCGCGUGCCCUCGAACGCCUUCAUUCCGAGAGGCUGGUCGUGGUGGCCUUUCAAGGGAAGGGUAUUGGGGAUGCCGGUGCUACAGCUCUGGCAGCGGCUUUUGCGGCUUGCAAGAACCUGUCGGUCAUAGACAUAGAGAGCGACGACAUAGGAGAUGCUGGGGCAGGAGCCCUUGCAGCAGCAGUUGCGGAAUGCAGGAAGUUGAGGAGGUUUCGGCUCUCAGACUGCUCCAGGAUCAGAGAUGCUGGCGUAGCAGCUCUGGCCGCAGCAAGCUUAAUGGGACAGGUUUCAGAUCUGGCGACGAAGUCGCAACACAAGUGGGGCAAAGUAACUCACUCAGAUGCCUUUUGA